GGGACGGCACACUUCAACAACAAUGCUGCUAAUUUAACCACUUCGGUAGCUUGCUAGACAACAGAAAAGCGAAACACUGAAGCGCCUUAGCCCAUUUAGGAUAUAUUACUUUGUGUUUUAAACACAAUUUUGUUUACGUAUCUAGUAACGUUAGUUCACUUAAACGUAACUGACAAUUUGUUGAAAUUGAUAGUCAAAUUAACACUUAGCUAGUCGCUAAUGCUAACUAACUAGCUAGCUAACAUCCCCGACCAUGAGCUCAGUAAGCUCCUCUGCUAAAGAAGAGGAGGUCUGUUGGACGGAGAAAGAAGCUCUGGGGCUGAACAUUGUCGUAAAAGAGGAAGACGAGGAUAUUACCGUGCAAGGAGAGGAAGGGGCUUUCAAAACGAUAAAAGAGGAAGAAGAGGAGGAGGAGGAUGUUACAGUGAAAGAGGAGAAAGAAACGUUUGGGGUAAAAGAGGAAGAGUGGAUACAGGCUGUCACAGUGGAAGAGGAGGAGAUGGAUGCUUUCAGAAUUAAAGCGGAGGAAGAUGAGGAUAUCAGCGUGGAAGAGGGGAUAGAGGCUUUCACAGUGGAAGAGGAGGAGAUGGAUGCUUUCAGAGUUAAAAAGGAGGAAGAUGAGGAUAUCAGCGUGGAAGAGGGGAUAGAGGCUUUCACAGUGGAAGAGGAGGAGGUAGAAGCUUUCAAAAUCAAAAAGGAGGAAGAGGAGGAGGAUAUUAUAUUGAAAAAAGAGGAAGAGCCUUCUAGAGUGGAAGAGGAAGGAGAGGAGGAGGAGACUGAACAAGAUCUGAUGAUCACCAGAGAAAGAUCAGACUCAGAGGAACCAGAGACGUCCAAACCAGCAAAACGACACGACUGCUCCCACUGCGGGAAGAGUUUUACCAAGUUAGGAAACCUGAGAAGACAUGAGAGGACACACACAGGAGAGAAGCCUCAUCACUGCUCCCAGUGUGGGAAGAGUUUUACCCAGUUAGGGAACCUAAAACUACACGAGAGAACACACACAGGAGAGAAGCCUUACGAAUGCUCUCAAUGUGGAAUGAGUUUUACCAAGUUAGGGUACCUGAAAUCACACGAGAGAACACACACAGGAGAGAAGCCUUUCCACUGCUCACUGUGCGGGAAGAGUUUUACAGAGUUAGGCAACAUGAAAAGGCACGAGCGCACACACACAGGCGAGAAGCCUCAUCACUGCUGUCAGUGUGGAAAGACUUUUACAGAGUUAGGGAGCCUGAAAAUACAUAAGAGAAUACACACAGGAGAGAAGCCUUACCACUGCUCCCUGUGUGGAAAGAAUUUUACAGAGUUAAGCAACCUGAAAAAACAUGAGAGGACACACACAGGAGAUAAGCCUUUCCACUGCUCCCUGUGUGGAAAGAGUUUUACAGAGUUAGGGAGUCUAAAAAUGCAUAAGAGAAUACACACGGGCGAGAAGCCUCAUCACUGUUCACAGUGCGGAAAGAGUUUUACAAAGUUAGGGAACCUGAAAAUGCAUGAGAGAAUACACACAGGAGAGAAGCCUUACCAAUGCUCCCUGUGCUUAAAGAGUUUUACCUCAUUAAGGCAAUUGAAAGAACAUGAAAGAAUCCACACCAUAGAGAAACGUUAGCAACGCUCCUAGUAUGAAAUUAUAUCGUUUUAACCAGUUAGUAUUAACCAGUCAGUUUUAACCAGUUAGUAUUAACCUGUUAGUUUUAACCAGUUAGUUUUAACCAGUCAGUUUUAAUCAGUCAGUUUUAACCAGUUAGUUGUAACCAGUUAGUAUUAACCAGUCAGUAUUAACCAGUCAGUUUUAACCAGUCAGUAUUAACCAGUUAGUAUUAACCAGUUAGUAUUAACCAGUUAGUAUUAACCAGUCAGUUUUAACCAGUUAGUUUUAACCAGUCAGUUUUAACCAGUCAGUUUUAACCAGUUAGUUUUAACCAGUAAGGGCACCUGAAAAACCAUGACGUAAUACAUACAGUGAAGAUGCCUUACCGCUGUUCCAGUGUAAAAACGAAUAUAUCACAUCAAAUAUACUUUAGUUAAUGACAUUCUAUUUUAAAGCUACAAUGUGUAACGUUUUUGGGCAAACCUGACACACAUUCACACAGAAAACCCCCACAAAUAAUGCUCCCACACUUGUCUCAUAUAUUGUACCGCAAAAUGUUGUGCUUUUGUUUAUGCCACAUGCAAUCAAGUUGUAUAAAAUUGACCAAAAAAUA